ACCCCAGCUCCGGACUGUGCCCUGCUCGGGAGCGGGGCGGCGCGGGGGCGCACGGCGGGCAAGAGGAGCGGGCAAGAGGAGGAUGCCUCCCCUGCAGUAAAACCAGCGCCGGGAGCGGGGGCGGGGUGGGUCGUGCCAACACCGCCCCCGCGAUGGUCUCUGCCGCUAAUGCCGUUUUUCUGCCGCUGCGCAAGGAGUCCCUGCGAAUGUAAUUCACUUGCCACUGCCUUCAGCAGGAAAGAAGCUAAUCCCAUUUGGCGAUUUAGCGGGCCCGCCGCCAGCAGGUGAGGCGGCGGUGGAGGUGGGCUCCCGGUCCGAGCUGUGCCCGGCCGGCCCGGGCACUGCCCACGAUGUCCGUGACAGAUCAAGCCUUUGUGACCCUUGCUACUGAUGACGUCUACUGUCAAGGCGCUCUGGUUCUCGGACAGUCACUGAGGAACCAUAAGACAUCUAGAAAAUUGGCAGUUCUAAUUACACCAGAGGUUUCCAGUGGGAUGAGGUCAGUCCUCCGCAGUGUAUUUGAUGAAGUAAUCCAGGUGGAUGUGCUUGACAGUGCUGACUCAGUCCAUUUGGCUCUGAUGAGGAGGCCAGAAUUGGGUGUAACCUUCACUAAGCUUCAUUGUUGGACUCUUACUCAGUACAGCAAAUGUGUGUUCAUGGAUGCAGACACUUUGGUACUUUGCAAUGUUGAUGAAUUGUUUGAUCGAGAAGAGUUUUCAGCAGCUCCCGAUUCUGGCUGGCCUGACUGCUUUAAUAGUGGAGUAUUUGUGUUCCGUCCCUCUUUGAAAACUUACAACCUAUUGCUCCGGUUUGCUGCUGAACAUGGCAGCUUCGAUGGAGGUGAUCAAGGACUGUUGAAUAGCUUCUUCAGCAACUGGGCAACAGCAGAUAUUGGCAAACACUUACCUUUCCUCUACAACUUAAGCAGCAGUGCUGUAUACACCUAUAUUCCUGCUUUCAAUCAUUUUGGUAGAGAUGCCAAAGUUGUUCACUUCUUGGGAGCGACAAAGCCCUGGAACUACAAAUACAACCUUCAGACAAAGAGAGUUACGCAGGAUGGUACCACCUCUGGAUCUUUUCAUCAACUGUCAUUUCUUGCCCUCUGGUGGAAUAUAUACAGUGCCAGCAUACUGCCUUUGUUAGAAAAACUUCAAAAGGUGGACGAAUCAGAAUCUGAGGAAUGUAAGCACACUUUCAAUGGAGUUGAAAUUACACUGAAGAAGGUCAGUCCUUGUGUGCCCAACUCGCAGCAAACACCUGAGCUUCCAGAGCAGGCAAAUGAAAUAAAUCCCACAGUGUCUCCACCCAAGGAACUCACUUUUGAAGCUAACGAGGUUGCAGAUUCUGUUUCAGAGCUGUCUAUUCACCUCAAACCAGCAAAACCAAUUCCAGAAGAUGAGCGAAGAAAAUGGGAAGAGGGGCGCAUGGACUAUAUGGGGAAAGAUGCUUUUGAACAUAUCAAAAAGAAAUUGGAUGCAUUUUUACAUUAAGAGUGUACUAUAAAGGCCAUCAUGAUAUAUGUUUUUUCUAUAAAUGCAAUUCUUGAAUAUUUGGCUAUCUUAACAGUUUACCUGUCGCCAGAGGUUACUAUGGAUCCUCAUAGAUUCUUGGAGGAGAUUAACAGAUACAGAUUCUUCUUUUUUAACUGAUGUGUGCCUCAUCUUUAUUGUUACUGUUGUCUCAUCUUCAUUGUUCUCCUAUAGUGCCUUCUGAAGAAUAAUGAAUGGUAGGCUCGGAGUAUGAUCUCUCAUGUAUUUAUCAUUGUUCUCCGUUCCUCCCUACAGCAUUCUGCAGAAACAGUCAUGAGUGGGAAACAUGUGGGAAGUUGAGGUUAUUUUGGAAGUUGAGUUUAUUUCCCAGAGUGAGAAAUACUUAAAAGAAGCUAUAAAGCUAUUUAAAUAAAAAACUUGUUCCAGAAACCAAAUUAAUGCUUUCAAGGGUAACCAUGACGUAGACUUCAAUAUGAGAAAAAAAGUGAGGAGAUGAAAUCCUGUCCUCAUAGGAGUCUGCAACAAAACUUUUUAAUUUAAAUAUGAUUAGGAUUAGAGGAACUACAGGCUUCACCUGAGAUCACUAGUGAAUGUUCUGUGUUUGUUUACAGGAAGAUGCUCAGCUUUAUAACUAAUGUUAAGGAAGAGUGGUUUAAAACUCUUUAAGACAGACUGCUAAUGUAUGUUAACCUUUCAUAUUGUUGCUUUAGGAUACUGUUGCUUUAUAAAAUAUUGUUGGCUUUACUUGAGCAUUCUGAGUUACGUAGUCAGAGGAAGAAACACGGAUGGUAUGGUGUAAACCUUCUGGUGCUUUAUAUCAAUUUGUUUACAGUACCUCAAA